CACAGAGAGAGUAGCAGAGAGACGACUCCACUAGCUGAAGCCCAACCCCGAGUCCAUGGCCCAGCAGACCAACGGCGGCAGCGGCGAUCUGAGCACGGCUCAGCAGGCCCAGCCCAAUCAGCAACAGCAACAGCAGCAGCAACAACAACAGCAGUGGAUGCAUCAGCAUCAGCAGCAAUGGAUGGCGAUGCAGUACCCGGCGGCGGCCAUGGCGAUGAUGCAGCAGCAGAUGAUGGUGUACCCGCAGCAUUACAUGCCUGCUUACGCCGCGCAUCCGCAUCACAAUCCCUACCAGCAGGCUCAGGCGGCCGCCGCCGCGGUUGCGUAUCAGCAGCAGCAGCAGCCGCCUAAGCAGCAACUGCAGCAGUCGCAGUCGCAGUCGCAGAAGAUGGGGCCUACUGAUGAGGUCAGGACCAUCUGGGCUGGCGACCUGCACCACUGGAUGGACGAGGCCUACCUUCACGGCUGCUUCGCUUACACCGGCCAGGUUUCUUCAGUAAAGGUUAUACGCAAUAAGCAAACAGGUCAGACAGAAGGGUAUGGUUUUGUUGAGUUCUAUUCACGUGAAGCAGCUGAGGAAGUUCUGCAGACCUAUAAUGGUACUCCUAUGCCAAAUACAGAGCAGCCUUUUCGUUUGAACUGGGCAACCUUUAGUGCGGGUGACAGACGGGCAGAUACUAGUUCUGAUCUAUCUAUAUUCGUAGGAGAUUUAGCUACAGAUGUUACUGACACUAUGUUGCAAGAAACUUUUGCUAGUAGAUAUUCAUCUGUUAAGGGGGCUAAAGUUGUUCAAGAUGCAAAUACUGGUCGUUCAAAGGGUUAUGGUUUUGUUAGGUUUGGGGAUGAAAAUGAGAGGACAAAGGCCAUUGUGGAAAUGAAUGGUGCGUAUUGUUCAAGUAGGCCCAUGCGUAUAGGUGUUGCAACACCCAAAAAAUCAUCUGGAUAUCAACAACAGUACUCUUCACAAGCAUUGGUAUUGGCUGGAGGUGGUGGACAUGCAAAUGGUGGCGUUGCCCAAGGUUCUCAGUCCGAUGGCGAGCCCAAUAACACAACUAUAUUUGUUGGAGGGCUUGAUUCCGAUGUCAAUGAGGAAGACCUCAGGCAGCCAUUUUCUCAAUUUGGUGAAGUUAUCUCUGUGAAAAUACCGGUUGGAAAAGCAUGCGGUUUUGUUCAGUUUGCUAACAGGAAGGAUGCUGAGAAUGCAAUGAAUAUGCUGAAUGCGACUGUUAUUGGAAAGCAAACAGUUCGUCUUUCUUGGGGUCGCAGCCAAGGCAACAAGCAGUGGAGAUCGGACUCAAAUAACCAGUGGAACAAUGGGGGACAUUAUGGAGGGCAGGGGUAUGGUGGGUAUGCAAAUGCCGCGCCACAGAAUCCUGAUAUGAGUAUGCAUGCUUCAGCUGCGGUUAACGGGUCUUCUUAACAGGGAGAUUGCAGUUGCCAGCCGCAUGUAAACUGAACUAUUGUGAGUGGUUUUAGAAUAUAGUUAUCAGUGCCGUUUCUUUCUGUAGGAUUGAUUUAGCCUGCUUAUUUAGCUAAAUCUGUAAUAUGUGGAAUUUUGUUGCCGGAUUGAAUCAUCUUGAAGUCCAUGUGUGAGAGUAAAACUUUA